AGUCACGUGGCCCGCACCUCCCCGGCGCGCGCCCGCCCGCCGCUCGCCCCCGGCCCGGCUCCUCCUCCUCUUCUCGCCAUUGCAGUUGGGACUGGAGCAGCCCCGGCGAAAACCGCGUGGCUUUUUUUUUUUUUUUUUUUUUUUUUUUUUUUUUUUUUUUGAGGGGGGUUGUGAAGACUCCGCUGGCUGGUGGCAGGAGGGCGGCGGCGGCUGAGGUCGAGGGGCCGCGACGCCGACAAGAUAGUUGAAGUAUUGGUAACACCAAGGAAAGCUGUCACAAUUUGAAAAGAUAAUCCAAGACUGAUUUCCAGACACUACAAGAAAAAAGGAAGGAAAAAUGGCAUUGUACCAUCAUCACUUCAUCACAAGAAGAAGAAGGCGUCCCAUGAGAAUUUUUGUGAACGAUGAUCGCCAUGUGAUGGCAAAGCAUUCUUCAGUGUACCCAACGCAAGAGGAGCUGGAGGCCGUACAGAAUAUGGUAUCUCACACUGAGCGGGCCCUCAAGGCUGUCUCUGACUGGAUUGAUGAGCAGGAGAAGGGCGGCAGCGAGCUCACUGAGGCAGAAAAUAUGGAUACGCCCCCAGACGAUGAGAACAAAGAAGGGGCUGGGGAACAGAAGGCGGAACACAUGACUAGGACCCUGAGGGGCGUGAUGCGGGUCGGCCUGGUAGCCAAGGGUCUUCUGCUCAAGGGGGACUUGGAUCUGGAGCUGGUUCUGCUCUGUAAGGAGAAGCCCACAACUGCCCUGCUGGACAAGGUGGCUGACAACCUGGCCAUCCAGCUCACUACUGUAACAGAAGACAAGUAUGAAAUACUCCAGUCUGUGGAUGAUGCUGCGAUUGUGAUAAAAAACACAAAAGAACCCCCCUUGUCUUUGACCAUCCACCUGACCUCCCCUGUUGUCAGAGAAGAAAUGGAGAAAAUAUUAGCCGGAGAAACGCUAUCAGUCAACGACCCCCCGGACGUUCUGGACAGGCAGAAAUGCCUUGCUGCCUUGGCGUCCCUCCGACACGCCAAGUGGUUCCAGGCCAGAGCCAAUGGGCUGAAGUCAUGUGUCAUUGUCAUCCGUGUCCUAAGGGACUUAUGUACCCGAGUGCCCUCUUGGGGUCCCCUCAGAGGAUGGCCGCUGGAGCUGCUGUGUGAGAAGUCCAUUGGGACUGCCAAUAGGCCAAUGGGUGCUGGCGAAGCCCUGCGAAGAGUGCUGGAGUGCCUGGCAUCCGGCAUCGUAAUGCCAGAUGGUUCUGGCAUUUAUGACCCUUGUGAAAAAGAAGCCACUGAUGCUAUUGGGCAUCUAGACAGACAGCAACGGGAAGAUAUCACACAGAGUGCGCAGCAUGCUCUGCGGCUUGCUGCUUUUGGUCAACUCCAUAAAGUCCUAGGAAUGGACCCCCUGCCUUCCAAAAUGCCCAAGAAACCAAAGAACGAGAACCCAGUGGACUACACUGUUCAAAUUCCCCCCAGCACCACCUACGCCAUCACACCCAUGAAACGCCCCAUGGAAGAGGAUGGGGAGGAGAAAUCUCCCAGCAAAAAGAAAAAGAAGAUCCAGAAGAAAGAGGAGAAGGCCGAACCUCCCCAAGCUAUGAAUGCCCUGAUGAGGCUGAACCAGCUGAAGCCGGGGCUGCAGUACAAGCUGAUCUCCCAGACAGGUCCUGUUCAUGCCCCCAUCUUCACCAUGUCUGUGGAGGUAGAUGGCAGUACCUUCGAGGCUUCAGGGCCAUCUAAAAAGACUGCCAAACUACAUGUGGCUGUAAAGGUGUUACAGGACAUGGGCUUGCCAACAGGCGCUGAAGGCAGAGAUUCCAGCAAAGGGGAGGACUCGGCUGAGGAGUCAGAUGGGAAGCCAGCCGCAGUGGCCCCACCCCCUGUGGUAGAAGCUGUCUCCAACCCUAGUUCUGUCUUCCCUUCAGAUGCCACUACUGAGCAGGGGCCGAUAUUGACUAAGCAUGGCAAGAACCCAGUUAUGGAACUUAAUGAGAAGAGGCGUGGUCUCAAAUACGAACUAAUUUCCGAGACUGGGGGCAGCCACGACAAACGGUUUGUUAUGGAGGUUGAAGUGGAUGGUCAGAAGUUUCAAGGUGCUGGUUCAAACAAAAAGGUGGCAAAGGCUUAUGCUGCUCUUGCUGCAUUAGAAAAGCUUUUUCCUGAUGCCCCCCUUGCCCUUGAAGCCAACAAAAAAAAAAGGACCCCUGUACCUGUCCGAGGUGGACCCAAAUUUGCUGCCAAGCCACACAACCCUGGCUUUGGCAUGGGCGGCCCCAUGCAUAACGAGGUGCCCCCGCCUCCUAACCUUCGAGGCCGGGGUCGAGGAGGGAACAUCCGUGGGCGAGGACGAGGGCGAGGAUUUGGUGGCGCCAACCAUGGAGGAGGCUACAUGAAUGCUGGUGCCGGAUAUGGAAGCUAUGGGUACGGCAGCAAUUCGGCCACGGCAGGCUACAGUGACUUUUUCACAGACUGCUACGGCUAUCAUGAUUUUGGGGCUUCCUAGAGCGUCUAAAAGUAUUGACACAAAAUCAACUUUUUACUCCAAUUUCCUCCAACUCCAAAACCCAAAGUGUCCGUGCUGUGUCCCUGUGCUUCUCUGGGGUUCUCAACCGUGGCUUCCACCGCAGCUUGUCUGAGACUGCUAGCCUGCAGACUUAAGACAAUGGCAGGUUCUGUCAUGAAUUUGCCUUUGAACUUGGUCAUUUCGAAGUACACACUAAGUGGAAAAACCCUUUUCUCAGAAUGUUUUUUCUUAUUUUUAUUUUUAUUUUUUUGUGUGCAGCCUCGCACAGAAUCAGAAUUCUAGAACCAGCGUUGCUCAGCAUCAAGGCAAAAGCCCAUCUUUGCUUUUUAUGGAAAGCAUUCCUUUAUUUAAAGAGACAGAUAAUGGCACGUUUUAAUCUACCUUUGUCUUAAUUUACAGCAGGUUUUGUAUGCAUUUUUAACCUUUUCACAAAUUUCCACAUCUGAUUGAUGCCUUUGGCAGUGAUGAAAAUGGUUUCAGGACAUGUGAAUCCAGAGCAGCUGACUUUUUCUUGCCAUUUUAAGGAGGAUAUAAGCCUCUGGGAUGGCCAGGACUUGGUAGAGCAGGGCCUCCCCCCUUUUGUAAUGCUCUGGUGGGUCCUGGGUUAAGGGGAUUCUGUGGCUGCUUUAGUUAAGAGAGUGUACUUGCAAAGGCAUCAAAACUGCGCUUCCGUUACCUGUGUGAGAAGUAAGACAGGCUUGAAAGGAGAGAAUAACGUGAAAUUUUGCAAGUCCUGAUCACAGCUGUUAAUGUAUGGACUUCUGGGUUGGGUUCGAGUUUUUUUUUUUCACACUGGACCCUUAAAACUGAUCUGGAGGCCCGCACAGUCCUAGGACCCCCCCCCCCCCCAGCAGAGCUACACUGCUGGACACCUAAAAGUUUCUCCCCAUGUGUAAAGUACAAGGCUCCUUUUUUUCUGGUGGGGAUCCUUGUGAUACUGUGGUUAGGCCUCUGCUCUGUAGUCUUUGCUACAGAUCUGCCCCUACUUUGACUUGCAAGAUUUGAUGUUUAUUCAGGCAAAAAAGUGGCCAAAAUGGUUAUCGUGUGACUUGUUCCCCAAGGUUUGAAAAGUCAGUGAAACUUUCUAAGACUUUGCAUGAUGUGUUUUAUUUUAUUUUUUAGAAAGUUAUUGUUUGCGAAUAAUGUCUUUUUAUACCAGGAAAUAGUUCUGAAUGACAUUGAAAACCUACCCUUUCCUUAUUACUAUUAUUAUUUUUUAAAUGAAUACAUGUUAAAGUAAUGAGCCUUCCGUACUGGUGUCUUCAUUCAUGCCCGGCUUCAGGCAGGCAGCUCAGUCGCUCAGCAUAGGACCCUGGGGAAGCCAAGGCAGGGGCCUGGAGGAGGGACUGGGGUUGGGGUUGGGGUGAUCUGGAGCCCUGGGCUUCCCAGUGUCCUCACUGAGCCUCCAUGUGUUUGCUUUCUUGCAUUGUGGGACACUUCCUCCUCUGUAGUGUCGUGACUGUGUGAUGGGGCUGGGUGAGGUCUGUCUAAAGACAGGCUUGCACAGGGACAUUAUCUCUGCGAGUGCUUGUGCAUCAGCAUGGGGGUGGGGGAUGGACCCACCAGUGGGUUGAGGGGAGGCAUAGUGCCCUUAGUUCUCAACCAGGGAAGCAAGGUCAGGCUGUGUGGGAGCACCCUUCUGCCUGUCUGGGGCCUAUCGGGGUUCACUGGGCUAAAGGUCUGCAUGCUGGGGCUACUUUGGGAAUCCAGGCUUCUGGGAGCUCCAAGGUCCCUGUUGAGCACUGGGAAAUGUUCUGGCUUCCCCUGAGCCUGGAGGUGGGAACUCCCUUCUGUAGCGGGACUGAAGUGAUGCCUUGGCCCGGCCCGGCGCUGUUGUUCUCCUGCUCCUAUCAACUCCACCCAAGUCUCCCAAGGGAGCAUGUUGAUAAACCCACAGUGAGCCAAAGUGGGGGCCAGAGACUGUAGCGGCCACAGUGCUAUCUAUCAUCAGUCCUGCCACUGAGGCUCCAUUCAGACCCUGAACCUCAGUCUCAGCCUGUGUUUGCCUUCUCCUGAGACUGGGGGCCCCUCUAUGCCUUCAGUUGUGUUUCUCACACUAAGGACGGAGGCGGGGCAAGUGUCCUGAGUCUCAAAUCACUGCCUCAGAGCAGCUGGUCUCUGAAGACCAUGGUGGUUUUAGAGCCCUCAUGGCAAGGCAUCUCCUGGGGUCCCCAAGGCUUGUGCCUGUUGAGCUCAUUCCUGCACGGAGGGGAAGGGGGUGGCUCACUGCUUCUGGGUGCUUUGCUUUUCCUGUCACCGUUGGGGACAUCUGGGUAGCCGUCAGCUAGUCCUGAAUGUCAUCCACGCUCGGAGCCCAUCUCAUUGUAAUGUUGACAUCCGCAAAGCUGCUGUCUACUGCCGCUUGUCAUCAGCUGAGGGUGAGUGGAGCUGAAGGCUGGGCUGGCUGCUUCAGCCAGGCUGCUCUGAGCAGUAAGCUGUGGGCCAGCCUUCAGGGCCCACGACUGCUGCCUUUCUCCCCUCCCAGCCCUCACCCUGGGACCCUCCACCUGAUCUGCUGCUUCCCU